UUAAUAUUAUUGUACGAGUUAUAUAAUAUUUUGAUAUUUUGAUAUAUAUAUAAUUUGAUAAUAAUUGUUGUAUAAAAAUGUAUAAAAGUAUAUUAUUUACAUUAAUUGGUAUCUAUUUUGUGAUCCAAACUGUGAUCAGUGCUCCACAAGAGAAGAAGUGUCCAAAUGAGACAUUAAGAGAGACAUGCGUUCACUCGUUAUUCAUAAUAGGAUCGCCUGAUUCCAAAUUUCCCGAUUCCUCUGACCAAUUGAAAGCUUUUUGCGGUAAACUUAAGGACACCGAUAAAUGUGUCAAAGAUUAUACAAAAAGAUGUAUGAGUCCAACGGGUAGAAGAGCUACUGAAGUAGCCGUCGCUGGCAUUUCACGACUUCUUAAACGGAUGUGUAAAUCAAAUGAACGAAGAGCUGAAUUUGUGAAGAAUGCUGGCUGUGGUAAUGCUGUCAUACCUGACAUGAGAUCAUGUCUUAAUAGUUACAAAUUGUCUUUAUAUGGCGCACAAAAAGCACCACUCAGUGAUAAACUACCGAUCCUUUGCUGUAAAUUUCAUGAUUUCCGCGGAUGUGUCCGCAAAGGCUUCGAUAGAGUUGGUUCACAAGUGUGUCCGGAAGAGUCGAGAAAAUAUUUCGGUCACAUCGCCGAUGCCUUCCAGUCGGAUGUGUUUGACCUGAUUUGCAGCAAUUAUGACGCAGACUCUGACAAAUGUAAAGCCGUUGUAGUGCCAGAAGUGACCGAAUCAGAAGAGACCCGAUCACUGUUGAAGCCAUUGAGAAAUGUACUCAAGAGUGUACUCGAAAGUGAUAACAACUGAAAUAAAUUACAAUUUGUGUCAAUCAAUGUCUAAUGUUUUACAAUAAUUCAAUAAAUUUUUCCAAUUAAUUAAGUUUGUAGUAAACUGUUUAAUGUUAUUAUUAACUUAUGACUAAAUAUUGA